UAUAUAUAUAUAUAUAUAGAGAGAGAGAGAGAGAGAGAGAGAGAGAGAGAGAGAUGGAAGGUGAUGGGGUUGAGAAUGAUGCUGUGAUGCUUACAGGAGAAGCAGCAUUAGAAUUAGAAGAAGAAGGAACAUUAGAAGAAGAAGGAGGAGGUGAUGAAGAGAUGCUAAAGAAGAGAAUAUCAGGACACCCUCUGUAUGGGCUACUAAUUCAGACGCAUUUGAAUUGUCUCAAGGUUGGCUUAGGUGAUAUUGGAGAGUUUGGUAUAACUACUACAUUGAAUCAAGCUCAUGCUCAAAUUCACAACAAGCAGCUCAAUUCUACCAAUCCCACAUCUUCAGACCUUGAUAAAUUCAUGGAAGUUUAUUGCAUGGCACUGAGCAAGUUGAAGGAAGCCAUGGAGAAACCAUUGCAAGAAACAACAACUUUCAUCGAAGGCAUGUACGAUCAACUCGGUGAGCUCAGUGUCACACCACAACCCAGAUCUCCUUUUCAAUAGAGAACUCAGAAAGAACGAGAUGAUGUAUAAUCUUAGAGAACCGACAUUCAAUUAUCCAUUUUAAAUUAUCUAGCUUGUGUUACAUUGAUAUAUUGUUAAAGAUUAUUGCCAUUUUUGGCUUCUUAAUUACUAGUUCUUUGAGUUCUUA